AUGACUGGAAAACUCAAUGGAUCAUGUUUUUAUAAUCUAAGCUACUUUUACGUUGACUGUGCUGUAAACACAUGGAGGAGCUCUUGUGGUACAAUGCCAGAAAGACUAACGGAAAUGCUUAUGGAUACAUGGACUCCAUUAAUAAUACUAUGGAUUACUGUACUUCCUUCCAUUUAUAUGGCUCCAAUGAAUCAAUCUCAAGUACUACCAAGUGGAUCCAGUACAGGACUAAAAAGGCUAACUGAAGAGCAAAGACUUUUGAACCGUUCCAAGAGAGGCUGGGUUUGGAAUCAAAUGUUUGUAUUAGAAGAAUUUUCUGGACCUGAACCAAUACUAGUUGGCCGGUUGCAUACAGACUUGGAUCCUGGCAGCAGCAAAAUCAAGUAUAUCCUAUCAGGAGAUGGUGCUGGAACUAUCUUUGUGAUCAAUGACAAGACUGGAGACAUUCAUGCAAUGAAAAGGCUUGACCGCGAGGAAAAAGCUGAGUACACUCUAACAGCUCAAGCAGUCGACAGGGACACAAACAAACCUCUGGAGCCUCCUUCGGAAUUCAUUAUAAAGGUUCAAGACAUCAAUGACAAUGCCCCGGAGUUUGUUGAUGGUCCUUAUCAUGCCACAGUUCCAGAGAUGUCUGUUGUUGGCACCUUUGUUACUAAAGUAACAGCUACAGAUGCUGAUGAUCCAGUUUAUGGAAACAGUGCCAAGCUGGUUUAUAGCAUUCUGGAAGGACAGCCUUACUUUUCUAUUGAACCACAUACAGCUAUAAUUAAGACAGCUCUUCCCAACAUGGACAGAGAAGCCAAAGAAGAAUACUUUGUGGUUAUCCAAGCAAAAGACAUGGGAGGACAUAUGGGAGGACUUUCUGGAACUACAACGGUGACAAUUACACUCACUGAUGUUAAUGACAAUCCUCCUAAGUUUGCACAGAGUCUGUAUCACUUCUCAGUAAUGGAAGAUGUUGCUCUUGGUGAACCCAUAGGAAGGGUGAAAGCAAAUGACCUGGAUAUUGGAGAAAAUGCUAAAUCAUCGUAUGAUAUUAUUGAGGGCGAUGGAAUGGAUAUAUUUGAAAUCACUACAGAUGCUCAAACUCAAGAUGGCGUUAUUAGAGUGAGAAAGCCCCUGGACUUUGAGACCAAAAAAUCCUAUACUCUGAAGGUAGAAGCAGCCAACAUUCAUAUUGAUCCUCGCUUCAUCAGUGGAGGACCUUUCAAGGAUACAGCAACAGUAAAAAUUGUAGUAGAGGAUGCUGAUGAGCCACCAGUCUUUUCAUCACCUACAUACCUACUGGAAGUGCAUGAAAAUGCUGCUAUUAACUCUGUGAUUGGUCAGGUGACAGCCCAUGACCCUGACGUGUCUUCCAGUCCUAUAAGGUUUUCCAUUGAUCGUCAUACUGACCUUGAGAGACAGUUCAACAUUAAUGCAGAAGAUGGAAAAAUAACGUUGGCAACACCACUUGACAGAGAAACAAAUAUGUGGCACAAUAUAACGAUUGUAGCUACUGAAACUAGGAACCACAGUCAAGUGUCCCGGGUGCCUGUUACUAUCAAAGUUCUUGAUGUAAAUGACAACGCUCCUGAAUUUGCAUCAGAGCAUGAAGCCUUUUUAUGUGAGAAUGGGAAGCCUGGACAAGUAAUUCAGAUUAUCAGUGCUGUUGACAAAGAUGAUCCUAAAAAUGGGCAUUAUUUCUUGUAUAGUCUUCUUCCUGAAAUGGUCAACAAUCCAAAUUUUACUAUCAAGAAAAAUGAAGAUAACACUCUCAGCAUUUUGGCAAAGCACAAUGGAUUCAGUCGGCAGAAACAAGAAGUGUACCUACUGCCAAUCAUAAUAAGCGAUAGUGGAAAUCCUCCCAUGAGCAGUACUAGCACUCUUACUAUUAGAGUCUGUGGUUGCAGCAGUGAUGGUAUUGUCCAGUCCUGUAAUGUUGAAGCAUAUGUACUUCCUAUUGGACUCAGCAUGGGAGCCCUAAUUGCAAUAUUAGCAUGCAUCAUUUUGCUAUUAGUCAUUGUAGUGCUGUUUGUAACACUAAGAAGACAUAAGAAUGAGCCUUUAAUCAUCAAAGAUGAUGAAGAUGUGAGAGAAAAUAUUAUUCGCUAUGAUGAUGAAGGAGGUGGAGAAGAAGAUACAGAAGCUUUUGACAUUGCAACGUUGCAAAAUCCAGAUGGAAUUAAUGGAUUUUUGCCUCGUAAGGAUAUUAAACCUGAUCUUCAAUUUAUGCCCAGGCAGGGUCUUGCGCCUGUUCCUAAUGGUGUUGAUGUUGAUGAAUUUAUUAAUGUAAGGCUUCAUGAAGCUGAUAAUGAUCCCACAGCUCCACCAUAUGACUCUAUCCAGAUUUAUGGCUAUGAAGGAAGAGGUUCAGCUGCUGGUUCCCUUAGUUCAUUGGAGUCCUCUGCAUCAGACUCAGAUCAGAAUUUUGACUACCUCAGUGAAUGGGGUCCUCGCUUUAAAAGACUUGGAGAACUUUACUCAGUUGGAGAAAGUGACAAAGAAACUUGA